GUUCCUCGUUGUCCUCCUUCUACUGCACACCUAAUAAGCUCCACUGGUGCUGCUUGGGGGGCCCUACAACCACCAACAACCUGGUUAAAAGGUCCGUGAUAUAUUUCUUCAUACUGAUUUUCAUUUCAUGCCUCAUGUGCCUGGCGAUGGUAAGUCCUGUUUUUUGUAUGUCGUGUUGUAUCUUUUAUACUGAGAUUUUGAUAUAAAGCCUUUUUGGACAAGAAAUACCUAUUUUAUUCCAAUUCUGUUCUGUACAUCUGCAACCCAUUUUUUUUCCCAUAUCCCACUAAUGACAAACAUUGAGCUUUGUCUUUAUGCAGUCUUUGCACCUAUCUCUGGUGUUGCCCCCGGGGCUAGUACGGACCCUUCUGUCCCCCUCUGGCCCCUCUUCAAUUCAGGGAGCCCUGCAUUGUUGUACAUAUCGGACCGUACCAAGGGUAGCCGAGACUGGGGGUGUAUUGCUUAGUCCCGCAGUUCAGCGGUUGGACAACUCCUGUCUGUUUUUCUGUCUGACCAUGCACCUGGAGUUCGAGGCCCGGCCCGAAGCACAACCGCGUUCUGUUCAGAGGCUAGUUCCGGAGGCUGUUGGUCCAACCCCGCUGGAGUGCCGCUGGUCAGGUUGAUAAGAAAGGAGAGUGGAGAGAAAACAAUACGCAAGGGCCCAGCAGGCGGACAGCCAUUGCUUUUUGCAUUCGCUGCUAAUAAAGAAAGCAGCGUCUCGGCUGUGUAUCACCGGAACUGACAACGAAGCGGAGACCCACUCGCCAGACCCGCUUUAUUGUCUCUGUCCACCCCUUAGAUUGUGUGGAUUUUCUGUGAAGAUGACUUAUGUGACCGCGGUGUUGUUGCUGCCAGUCCUAUGUAGUAUCAUCAGCACCUCCAGCGCUGCAUCCUCAGCAUCCCGGAAGUGUGAGGACAGCUUGGCCACUCCUCUUCCCUACAGCUCCUUCACCAGUUCAUCAGUGUAUGCCAGAGGAUAUGGAGCAGGUUAUGCCAAACUCAAUCGAAAACAAGGUGCUGGAGGCUGGUCGCCCCUGGAUACAGACCAUUACCAGUGGUUACAGGUUGACCUGGGUUCUAGGAAGCAGGUGGUUGCCAUAGUGACUCAGGGUCGCUACAGUAGUUCUGAUUGGACCAGCAAGUAUCGGCUGCUUUACAGUGACACGCAGAAAAACUGGAGGCCUUAUCUACAGGAUGGAAAUAUCUGGACAUUUGAGGGGAAUGUGAACAGUGAGGGUGUUGUUCGCCAUGAGCUGCAGCAUGCCAUCCUGGCUCGCUACAUCCGCUUCAUCCCUCUGGACUGGAGCAGAAAGGGACGCAUUGGAGUACGUCUGGAGCUCUACGGCUGCUCAUAUUGGGCAGAUGUCAUCAGUUUUGAUGGCCAUGGCGUCAUCUCCUACCGCUUCAGGAAUAAAAAGAUGAAGAUUGUGAAAGAUGUCAUCUCACUGAAGUUUAGAACCACAGCUAGAGAUGGGGUCCUGCUCCAUGGAGAAGGACAACAGGGAGACUACAUUUCCCUGGAGCUCCACAGGGCAAGACUGCAGCUCAACAUCAACUUAGGCAGUAACCAAUAUGGUUCCAUUCAGGGUCACACCUCUGUGAUCAGCGGGAGCUUACUGGAUGAUGACCACUGGCACUCAGUUGUCAUUGAGCGUUACCGCAGGAAUGUCAACUUCACACUGGACCACCACACCCAGCAGUUCAGGACCAAUGGAGAGUUUGACCACCUGGACCUGGACUAUGAGAUCAGUUUCGGAGGGCUGGCGGUAUCAGCGAAGCCAAGCUCGGGAGGCAGAGAAAACUUUGUGGGCUGCAUGGAGGGUAUCACAUACAACGGAGACAACAUCACCAACCUAGUCCACAGAAAGAAGGUGGACACCUCAGGCUUCCGUAACCUGACAUUCUCAUGCACUGAUUCCAACUCCUUCCCCGUCUUCUUCAACUCCACAUCCUUUCUGCGGCUGCCGGGUCAGAGUAACAGCGACACUCUGUCAGUCAGUCUGUCUUUCAGAACAUGGAACCCCAAUGGGCUGCUGAUGUUCACUGCGCUGGCUGACGGCUGGGUGGAGGUGGGACUGAUGGAAGGCAAGGUCACCGUCUACAUGAAUGUGACACAGAGGAAGAACACACAUAUUGACAUCUCAUCAGGUUCAGGUCUGAAUGAUGGCCAGUGGCACAGUGUCCACCUGAAUGCAUUGGAGAACUAUGCAAUGCUUACAGUCGACGGAGACGAAGCAUCUACAGUCAGAACAGCCAUCCCCAUCCAAAUCCAGACUGGAGGAACCUACUACUUUGGAGGCUACUUCAUGCACGCUAACACCAGAUCACCUCAGCGGUCCUUCCAGGGCUGCAUGCAGAUGAUCCAAAUAGACGACCAUCUAGCUGACCUGAGGGCUUUGGAGCAGGGCCACAUUGGAACCUUUGAAAAUGUCAGCCUGGAUAUGUGUGCCAUUAUAGACAGGUGUGUUCCUAACCACUGUGAGCAUGGUGGUCGCUGUUCUCAGACGUGGGACACAUUCAUCUGCAACUGUAGUAGCACUGGAUACACUGGAGCUACCUGCCAUACCUCGAUGUAUCAGCAGUCCUGUGAGGAGUAUAAGCACAAGGGGAAGAGCUCAGGGAACUACUGGAUCGACCCAGAUGGCAGUGGGUCUAUUGCCCCCUUCAGAGUCAGCUGUGACAUGACAGAGGAAAAGGUUUGGACCACACUGAAGAACAACCUGUCUCCUCAGACUUCAGUCACCAGUGCAGACCAGGAGGGAAAGGCAGCACUGCAGAUCACUUAUAAUGCAACUGAUGAACAGGUGUUGUCAGUCACCGCCAGUGCAGAGUACUGUGAACAGUAUGUAGCCUACGCCUGCCGAAUGUCUCGUCUGCUCAACACUCCAGAUGGUGUCCCAUUUACCUGGUGGGUAGGAAGAGCCAAUGAGAGGCAUUCCUACUGGGGGGGUUCAGGACCAGGAAUACAGAAGUGUUCCUGUGGUAUCGAACACAAUUGUACGGACCCCAAACACCACUGCAACUGUGAUGCUGACCUGCGCACCUGGAGGGAGGAUGCAGGCCUGUUGGUGUAUAAAGACCAUUUGCCAGUCAGUCAGGUUGUGGUGGGUGAUACAAGCAGAGUUGGAUCUGAGGCCAAACUGACAAUAGGGCCACUCAGAUGCCAGGGGGACCGGAACUACUGGAACGCAGCAUCCUUCACUAGCCCUGCCUCCUACCUCCAUUUCCCUUCCUUCAGAGGUGAAACCAGCACUGACAUCUCCUUCUACUUUAAGACUUCCUCCACUCAUGGAGUCUUUCUGGAGAACCUGGGAACCACUUACUUCCUUCACAUUGAGCUCAGAGGAGGCUCGGCGGUCUUCUUCUCUUUUGACGUGGGCAAUGAACGGGUGGAGCUCAGUAUCCAUUCACCGGUGCCUCUGAACGAUGACCAAUGGCAUCGUGUGGAGGUUGAGAAAAACAUCAAGGAGGCGGUGCUGCAGCUUAAUGGACAGUACAAGGAGGUCAAACCCACCCCCCCACAGGGACACAAAAAACUGGAGUUCUACAGUGAGCUAUAUGUUGGUGCCUCAAGGGGUCAGAGGGGUUUCUUGGGCUGCAUGCGGGCUCUGAAGAUAAAUGGUGUGACCUUUGAUCUGGAGGACAGGGCCAAAGUGACUCCAGGGGUGAGUCCAGGCUGCCAGGGCCACUGCAGCAGCUACGGGAUGCACUGCAGGAACGGAGGGAAGUGUGUCGAGCAGUACAAUGGAUACUCCUGUGACUGCUCCCCCACUGCAUAUGAUGGACCCUUCUGCACCGAUGAUGUAGGCGGCUACUUUGAGACAGGAACCUUGGUGCGUUAUGACUUCCUGCCUGAGGCAGGACCUUUUGUGUUACGGGAAGUGAAGAGCCUAUCACGUGUUAGUGUUCCUAAUGAGGCCAACCUGACUCAGGAGGAGCUGGUGUUCAGCUUCAGCACCUCUAGCACUCCCAGCAUCCUGGUUUACAUAAGUUCCAGGACUCAGGACUACCUGGCUGUAGUGCUCAGGCACAACGGCACUCUCCAGAUCCGCUACAGUCUUGGGGGUCUAACAGAACCUUACACCAUAGACGUUGACCAUCGUAACAUGGCCAAUGGACAGCCACACUCUGUCAACAUAACAAGGAACUUAAGAGAGAUACGAAUACAGCUGGAUCACUACCCAGUGUCCACAUACACCCUGCCUGAGGCCUCCAACAGCCAGUUCAAUUUGGUCAAAAGUAUCUUUCUCGGAAAGGUAUUUGAAACAGGACAGAUUGACCCUAUCCUAAUAGAGCGCUACAACACGCCAGGCUUUGUGGGCUGUCUGUCAAGAGUUCAGUUUAACAGCGUGGCGCCAUUGAAAGCAGCAUUGCGCUCAGGCCUGGCAGCACCGGUCAGCACCCAUGGGAUUCUGGUCCCGUCCAAUUGUGGAGCCUCACCCCUGACCAUCUCCCCCAUGGCCUCGGCUAGUGACCCCUGGCACAUAGAAGCUGCUGGAGCUGUUUUCCCCUUCAAUGAGGACAAAGUCAGUGGUGAUGGAGUGGAUCGCAACUCUGCCAUAAUUGGAGGCAUCAUCUCCAUGGUUAUCUUCAUUGUCCUCUGCAUCAUGGUGUUUGUGAUCCGUUAUAUGUUCCGUCAUAAAGGCUCCUACCACACUAAUGAGGCUAAGGGAGCAGAGUCAGCAGACUGUGCUGAUGCAGCAAUCAUCGUCAAUGACCCCGCCUUUACCGAAACCAUCGAUGAGAGCAAGAAGGAGUGGUUCAUCUGAACCCCUCUCAACAACAUGGACACAUGACGUUAGGAUGUAUGUAGUUUUCUAAGCAUAGGGAGUAGUAGUGAGGUGACCACCUGUGGAACCUUGAGGAUGUGCCAAGUGGUUUAUUUAAAAACUUUAUGGACAAUGGACACCAUGGCAUUACAGCGAGAGAUUUAAAGCACAGGGCAUAGCACUGCCCGGCAGAGCCUGUGUGGGGAUGCGGAGCGGUUUUUUUAACUUUAUUUACAGUGGACAGUGUGACAGGAUGACAGCCUUCAGAUGGUGUAGAGGACAGUGCCAUGAAGUAACAAGGCAUUCGUUUUUACUUUUUAAAAAAUGUUUUUAUAUAAUUUUUAAUUUGAUUUCAGUUUAACUUGUGUAAUUUAUUUAUUAAUUUUCAAGUCAUAUAUUUUGUCAUCAAAGUUCUUACUUUGUUUGUUUGGUUAUUUCUGUAGGUUAAUAUAUUUAUGCCAUUGUGCGAUGUUCUCUUAUUUCAGAUUAGAAAGUGAUGGCAUUAAUGCUAAUUAUUAAUCCAUUAAUCCCAAUAAUGCUCCAUGUCUGUAGAAAUGCUCAUUAAUUCCAGGCUUUUUUAAUAUUAAAUUCCAUGUUUAAUCAUUUGCCUUAUUUUAUAUUCAUUUCAGUAGAGUUUAUUUUUAAUCUUAAGACUGAAAACUUUGGUUUGUGUUUGUCUGUGCAUGUACUGACUGGCUUGCCUGUUAAAGAGAUGUAGCCAUGACUUUGUCUGCAUCUUUCGGACCAGGGGGAAAAGGAAACAUCACACUUCUAUUUAUUUUUGCAUCUACAUAUCUGAAGUCUCUUAAGGACUUUUGAAUAACGAAACUCUUUUUUUUUUUAAAGAGAUUUCUGAGGCAGAGGUUGUGUUUUGCUAGCAAUGCCAGUAUAUGCCACAAGGUUUCUUCAUUGCUAUUUAAUCAACAAUACAAAAUUUUGGAAAUCUUCUUGCAUGCCAUCUGACUCAGAGUCAGACAACAUUAAGUUUAUCUUGGUGAAUCCAGUACAGAGACAGGUGGGGAAUGAGUUUGAAAGCAGGGAGAAAGUGCUAUCCUAGCUCCAUCACAAGUGAACCAACACACUUUCAAACAACUCCAAAGCUGUCUAAGUUAUUAAUUGUCUGUUGUUAGCUAGCAAGCUCCAUCCAAGAGCCAGCUUUAUUAACAGAAGAGAUAAGACAGGGCUCAAACCUGAUGAGCCCACUAGGAGGACAGGACAUUUGGUGUUCUAGUUGGUCAAAAGACAUCUUAACACUAAUAGUACCUAGAACCAUUAUGUCUUUUUUUUCUAUAUCUACACAAGAUAAUGUGUGAAACACAGCUUGAAGUUGUUAGAAGCAAACCUGUGAUCAGAACCACUUACAUCAGGUCUGAGACAAGUCCACGUCCAAGCAGUUUUGAGAUAAAUUCAAGACCAAAUCCAAAAGGGGGUCAACGUAGAAAAGAAAAAAAAGCACUGUUGUUUUCCUGUUGUUAUCAGUGAGAGUCAUCUGUGAGUCCUUUGAAUUUAGAAAAGUUUGAAAUGUGGUAGAAACAGGAAACAACAUUGGAACAACUCUAAGCAAAAAAAUAUUACAAUUAUAUUAAAAAACAAAAUAUUUUUGCCCAAUUUUACGAGAUAACUAUAAAGUGUGUUUUUUGGUUGUUCUACAGUGAAGACAAACUAUGGAAAAUAAGUACCUGCACUUGUAAAUGACAGCUCAGAACAGUGUAUGUGAUAUUACAGAAUUGCGUAUCUCUGUGAGCAGCAGAGCAGCAUCCAGUCUGCUGAGCAAGUCAUGCUGGUCCAGAAAAGGAACAAAAAAAACUAACUCUUUUCCGUUGAGACCAAAGACUUGAUGAAAUUGAAGGCGGAGAUAGUCUAAGUCUGAGAUAACAAAUAAAAAAAACAUCUCAAGACAACUUGAGCAUUACAGCCCUAUUUGGAAGGUGUUAUUUUUUUCAUGUGUGAUGGAGGUAGGUUAGCAGGUUCCCCGUGCUCCCAGUGUUUGUGCUAUUUUAGACUAAAUGCAUCCUGGACAUAUUUCUGUACUAUAUGAGAGAUGAUAAAGUGAGAUAAAUGAGAGUUACUGAUACUGAUCAUCUCAUCUAAUUAUGUGGAAGAUGGCAAGCAACAAGCAAGACAAGCAACUUCCCAAAAUGCUUGUUUUAUCUUUCCUUUAAAGGGACACAAACUAAUCACCCUCUAUUGGCAACAUGGUAGGAAUUACAAUUUCCCCAGCUAUAGAGAAAGUCUUUCCAUUUCCUUAUAUCAAAGUAUUUUGGGAAGAGAGGUUCACCAGUGUUAAUGUUAUUAAUUCGUCAUAAGUUUUCUUUCCUCUGGGUUAGCUUCAGGCUUAGUGAAUUUGGGGCUAGGAUAGAAUGGCACGUGUGGCCCUUUGAGGACUGAGGCCAGCUUCUUCCUGUUGGGGGGCAGUUACGCUAACUCUUAAGAUUGACUGACAGGACAGACAGAUCAGGAUACUUGUAAAAUCUGUCCUUUAAAAACUAAGCUAUGUAUUUGAUUUUUAUGAAGUAAGAUAAUGUUUCUGGAAAAGAAUGUUUGUUACCCAUGUAAAAAAACUAUGGCUUACAUCCUGACAUUUGAUUGUAUUGCAUUUGUAUUCUUUUGACUGCACUGCAGUGUAAUGGCAUGCUGUUUGACACUGGAUGACACACACAUUUCUGUUUGAUAAGCCACUGUAGCAUCACAUUGCUUUUCCUUCAUGUUAUAUGUAUACAACUGCCUAACUGUUCCUCUUUUUAUAGCUGAUUUCUCAUUCUAUGUGCUUUUCUCAUUGUCUUGAAAAAAUAUGCUUCCUCUUGGAACGACCAGUAAAAUAUGAGUACAAAUCUUACACUGGCUAAUAUUAGAUUUUUGACCACACACAACUAGAUCAAGGUGAUUACCCAGAUAGAAAAAAUAUGAUUGAAUCAACAGUGAAGGUGGAAAGUAGAAGUAUUGAAUCUACAUGAUGCCUGACAUUGAAACCAAAUUGAAAGCUCUCGUUAUGUUUUAUGUUGAAUAAACAUCAAAUAUUCAGUCG